AUGGCUAUUCCAGAUGAAUUUGAAUCACAAGAUCUUCUUCAAUUUUAUAAUUUAAGAAAUAUUAUCAACCAGAGAAAAGCUUUUGGUUAUGAAUCAUUUUCUAGUACAUUUCUCAAUCCAAAAUUAGAAAAUGCCAU